AUGUGUAAUACUAUUCAGAACCAGAAAAUUGUUGCAGGGAAGGUGAUACAGAGAGGCUCAGAAAUUACUGGAAAAGUUGUUUCUCCAUUAACUGGAAGGAGAAGUAAAAGUAGAACUAAAAACCAAACAAAAUCAAUUGAAGGGGAUUUUUUCAGUUUCAGUAUGGCCCUUUCUAAGUGUUAUGCAAUUGUGUAUAACAAAGGGGAUGGUCUAAUUGUUGUUACCUGUUCAAAGGAAUUGGAAAGUUUUGAUUUGUUUGUUGAGGAGGUUUCUAAUGGUUGUGCUUCCAGCUCUUCAUCUGGUAUUUCCACGCAGUCGCUCAGUGACGAUGAAUUAUGUAGUGGGUUCAUUGAGACUUCAAAGAUUAAAUACCUGAAGGAAAGUCAUGAGCAAUUAAAACCUCUUUUAUCUGACGGUUGGGAGGACAUUUUUAAAGGUGUUGGUCAAGUUUUUCAUGGUGGUGUUGAAGAGGUUCGGUUAGCUGUCAACAAAUAUUGCAGCAAGUCUGGUUAUUCAGUUACAAAGGUUAAGAAUGACAGACUUAGGUUCACAGUAAAGUGUGGUAGGAAUGCAGAAUGUCCUUGGUAUCUGCAAUGUAUUCCAAUUGAUACCGCGAAAAAUGUCUUUGCUAUCAAGGAAUUCAAUGGGGAGCAUAAAUGUAGUGGUGCUUAUAAGCUGAAGGAUCCUCCUGUGAAGAAGAAAUUGAUUAAACAUAUAUUCAAGGAUCAAAUACAGUCAAAUCCGUCGAUAAAGCCUAAUGACAUGGUUGCUCAGGUGAAGAGUUGUUACGGUAUAAACAUAAAAUACCAUCAUGCUUAUAAAGUUAAGGAAGCAUCUAAGGAAGAGAUAUAUGGCGAUGAUGUAAAAAGUUAUACAUAUCUUAUUUGGUAUGUUGAAGCAAUAAAGGCUACCAAUCCUGGCAGCUAUAUUAAGUUUGAGUAUAAUAAAGAGACUAAACGGUUUGAGAGGAUUUUCAUAUGUUUUGCUGCAUGUAUCGAAGGAUACAGGUUUAUUCGCCAUAUGCUUUACUGUGAUGCAACAUUUCUCACUGGGAGAUUCAAGGGAACAUUGAUGGCUGCCACUGGUGUGAAUGGGAACCAAGGUUUCUUUCCUUUUGCGUUCGUUUUAGUUCCUUCUGAAGACAUUGAAGGUUGGGAGUGGUUCAUGGAAAACUUGCAGCAUUGUGUCGACCCUCGUCCUAUCAUCUUUAUCACUGAUCGUCAUGAAGGGCUGAAGCAAAGUAUUCCUAAGUAUUUUCCCAACUCUUAUCAUAGUUUCUGUUUUUAUCAUUUGAAGAAUAACCUUCCAAUCAAGAAAGGACAUGAGAAGUAUAAACAAGUUCUGGAUUUGUUCCAUAAAGAUGCAUGCUGCUACAGUGUUUCCAAAUAUGAGUCUGCUUUGAAUGAGAUGUGCACUAUUGGAUGUGGUUGGGUUGAAAAGUUCAUCAGAAAUAUCGAUCCCAAGCACUGGGAAAAUGCUUUCUUCGUAGGAUGUAGGUAUGGCACUCACUCAUCAAGUAUUGCAGAGUCGUUCAGUAACUAG